UCAGACAGACUGCAAACAUGCUGAGGAUCCUGUUGUUAAGCGUGCUGGCCGCCCUGGCGCUGGCUGAGCCCAGAUAUCUGGAGGAUCAGGUCCCUGAGGAGAGGGUCGUUGGUGGAGCGGUGGCAAAACCCAACUCUUGGCCCUGGCAGAUCUCUCUCCAGUACCUGUCGGGUGGCAGCUACUAUCAUACCUGUGGUGGGACUCUGAUCAGAACUAGAUGGGUGAUGACUGCCGCCCACUGCGUCGACACCUCGAGAACUUGGCGUGUCGUUCUGGGCGACCACGACAUCUACAACCAGGAGGGUCGCGAGCAGUACAUGAGCGUCAGCGCCGUCUACAUCCACCCCAACUGGAACAGCAACAGUGUGGCUUCUGGAUAUGAUAUCGCCCUUCUGCGUCUGUCCUCCGACGCCUCUCUGAACUCAUACGUGCAGCUGGCCAGCCUGCCACCCUCUGGACAAGUUCUGCCCCACAACAACCCCUGUUACAUCACCGGCUGGGGCCGCACACAGACUGGGGGGUCACUCUCAGCUCAGCUGAAACAGGCCUAUCUGCCCGUGGUCGACUACAGUACCUGCUCUCGUAGCGACUGGUGGGGAAGCACCGUGAAGAACACUAUGGUUUGUGCUGGUGGCGGAAGUGAGUCUGGAUGCCAGGGUGACUCUGGUGGUCCUCUAAACUGUCAGGUCAGUGGUCAGUACGUUGUUCACGGUGUGACCAGCUUUGUGUCUUCAUCGGGUUGUAACGCCUACAAGAAGCCAACAGUCUUCACUCGUGUGUCUGCAUACAUCAGCUGGAUUAGUGGCAUCAUUGGAUAAGGAGGAAACCUGAGAGGAUGAAAGACAAACAUCUUUCAUUUACCAAGCUUUAACAUCUGCAAUGGCCAAAAAUACAUACAGUAAACUUUACCUCUAAACUUGGGCUGCUUUUGAAUCAUUUUGAAAUUAUUUGUGUCCUCAAAAACUCACCAUAAACAUUUGAACCCUAAAAGUAUAGUCACUUUCAAAAUUAAACACAAGAAGGGUCCAUACACAGUUGGCAAUAAAUGAAAUGAGAUAUCAAACACUGAAUGAUAAGAUAAUUGAAAUGUGGUUGAUAUGAAAUUGAUAACCUGAAAUUGCGAUGUUUGACAUUGUGAUGAAUGGACGGGACAAAAAAAAUUCUGAUAUGUUAAAAUAGGUAUGUACAUUAAAUAUUGCAUUUGCAGUGUAAGUCUAAAAGACCUGCCAUGCACUUGUUCUGUUAC